AUGAUGAUGUGGAAGCUUCGAAGUUACUAUAAGACUCACUAUCUGCUUAGGGCCAUAGCGCGUCGGAUCGCUGUGACUAGGGUCAUCAUCAAGAAGCCAAAGACACUCGAGAUCAAGACGGCAUAUAACGGCAAGGAUACGACCAACUCGAAACUACACCUUAAUCAAAUUCUGAUGGCGCUGUGGACGGAAAAGGGAGGUUUACGAGCUUCGUCUUUAAAACGCGUCAAGUUUCUUGAGGUGGCAAACGACAGUGUCAAGGCUGCCAUACAAGCAGCUCGACAAGAAUUGGAACUAGAGGAUGUUGAUGACUUCGAGUUGGACGUAGAAGACGCCGAUGAGGAUCUCUUGUCUAAUUUCCGAAACUCUGUGUUUGGUAAGGUCGUCGCCAGAUUGUGUGAGGCUUCUGGGCAUACACCGGAGUCUAUUUCAAUUGAGCACACGGCUGGCUGGGACGAUAUCACCUGGGAUCUCGCGUGA